AUGCGCGAAAUCUCCCCGAUUCGUGCGGAAGUUCAGAUCACUCCAUUGUGUGACCUAAUUGUCGGACGGAAUAGGCGCCUGUCGGUUCAGCUGGGUGAGUGGACGGGCAUUCGCAGUCAGCGCAUAAAGGGCAAUGUUUUUGAUCACAACAACGACUCAGUCAUCGAUCCCGAUGAGAUCAAGCGGACUAUGCACUUCCUCGGCGAGUCGGUGACGGACGAAGAGGUGCAGGCGAUGCUGUUGGAGGCCGACACCGAUCAAGACGGCCUCGUUAAUUUUGAAGGUACGUCUUUAUCCUUUUUGUUUAUUAGGGGAGUAAUUUUCGCUGCGUUUUACAGGUGUAUUCUAUUGAGACGCGUUCUCUGCAAAAUCACCCAAUUUGCUCGUUAA